AUGUACACGGAGUUCCAGCGAGCGUACGUAAUGCGGAGGACUUCUAUGAAGAAGCUGGGCGACCAGACGGUCGUCGGAAUGCUCAGCAUGCUGGGAACUCCUCAGUUGGAAAUGAUCAGAUGCGAGACGGGGACACCGCUGAUUCGAGCGGACCUGACAUCGGAGAGGACAGUCCGAGAUUUCUUACACGAGAUGGCGGAGGAGGUGAAAGACUGCAACAGGGCGGCGAAGGCGAACCUUCACGAGAACAGCAAGAUAGCUCAUGGAGUGCAUGGGCCGGAGGCUAUGGGCGCAGUUGCAUUGCGUCAUUGGUCGACUCCACUGUCGAUCUAUUAUUCGCCGUUGUCGCAGGAGCAGAGGCAGUAUCUAUCAGACCAGGACGAUUGGGAGGCUUUCCAGAGGGCAGUGUGGGACGAUGUGCCCCUUGUCGCGCUAUAUGCUGUAUUACCCCGUGGUUUACGUCGGCCGAACGAAGAGAUGAAGAAAUUUAUAUUGACUGGCGAGGCAUGGGAGACGAUUUCAGCAUGGUUGAGCGAAGCUGCCGAGAGGCCACUUCUAUUGUACAAGACGCCGCCAGGGCCACCCUGUCCGGAGCUCUUGUUCACAGCAAAGUGCUUUGCUUGGUCGAAAUGGGUCGAUGUGUAUUACGACCCAUCUGCCUGUGAGAGCCGAGCUCAUGAAGAAGAGUGUCUGGUGAUCCAGACCAUCGACCUGUGUGCCGACGUCAUUUUGUUCGCUUUUGACGUCGCAUACAUUGCUGUCGACCUUCAUUUAUUUUUCACCUCAGCCGGCAUCUGUCAUGUCGCUUACGUCUCAACUUACGCAUCUAUUUUGUUUUCGGUUGCUACCUCGCAGCCGUCCGCUUUUCAUGCUCUCCGGGUAGUGGGCUCAUUCAUCUGGGCUCCUAUCGGCUACUGUUACACGGUUUUGCAACAGUGGAACGUCGCAAGACGCUUGAGCACGAAUUCACAAGUGGGGCAACUUAUUUCGGCCCGGACUGGUGGUAUAUGCCACUACUGUCUGCCGACAGGGUACGACCCCAAUCACGAAUUCGAUCAUCGUUUUCAUGACGUCGAAUCUUACGCACACCGCUGUUACCAGUGCGUCAUUCGACACUGCUUUACCGGCGACCGCCCUAUGUUUGUGGUCGAGCGAGUUCACCAUCGUUUGUUCCACCGAUGCCAGCACGUAGUCGCAUCGGACAGGGAUAGGGCCAGAGGCCAGAUGGCGAACAUUAUGCUGACUCACAGCGCGUUGGUGGAGGAGAGCUCUCUGCUCAAAGAGCACUCCUAUGAGUCCUUUAUAGGACACGCCGUUAGAGCAGAAUUAAAGCUUUUAGGUGGGAACCUCAGGUUCCUGAGCCCGGCCGUCGAGGGUGUCGACGGGCCAGAGCGGAGUGCGUUUCACCAUGGUUCAGCCAGCGGACAUGAGACAUUAACGACACCUCACGUUGAUGCGCAACGGUUCGUUGGUUUGGGCACUCCACUCAUUCCAUACACCCAUGCCGAUCCAGGCACGCCUCUGGACGGUAUCAAGAUAGUAGUAGAUCUCGAGAAAUGUGAUCUCAGGAAAAAUUUAGCUGAACGAUUUGAAAACGAAGAAGCCUUGAGCCACGAAUCAAAGAUAUGCAUCGUUGAUGAGACCCUGUUGGAGACGCACAAUGUACCACCGAAGGCAAAAGUGGUUGUCCCAGGGCUCACCGUGGACGAUUUGUCAAAAAUUAUGGUGGCUUCAAACUCCCACAACAAUUGCAUUGCGGGAAUUGGCAACAGACAUUAUGCGAGGAAGAAAACAACGGUCGCAUGGAACGGAGAGAUAUUCUCAAACACUGUUGGCAACCCGACAGUCCUCAUCAGAAGAUGUGUCCACGCAUACAUCAACAUUUUGGUAAAUGGACUUGCCAACAUUGAUGAGAACACGCUCAUUCGUCAAGACCUGGAAGUUCUUGAAGUGCCUGCUUCUGAAGUCACGUGCGAGCUUCACGGAAAGUCGGUCUUCCCCAUACACAAAGAGAUUGAGGAGAUUGCCACAAACUCAUUCACGAAGGCUAUGAUAUUCAGACUGGCGUACUUCGUGUCUCGUUCCAUCAAGGGUACAGACACAAAAGGCGUCAACAGUCGCAUCUUACGCCUCUACAACGACUUUAAAUCGGGAGGAUUUGCCUCAACGGACUUCGGUUCGUUUGACAGUUCUAUAACCGAUAAGUGUGUUGAAGAUCAUUCAAAACCCGGUUUGCGACGGAUAAUAGAGGAAGCGUUAAUGAACAAGCUCACCGAUAUGUUUCCUGAGUCCAGUGAUCUCAAGAACGCAUCUUCCAAGCGAUGGAAGAAAUCAGAUAAGGUGAGAUUUGACACGCUAACUCUGUUUACAUCCAUCCUUAUCCGGUAUUCAGGCGACGGCUUGACUUCGGUGGGGAACUACAUCAUCAAUUGGACGAUCGACCAGGUCAUAGACGCAAUCGCCGAUUGCCUCUUCACAAUUUAUGACUGGUCUGAAUACACGGCCGACGAAUUCUUCACUUGUUGCGUGGAGAUUAUAAGCAGGCAAGACUUCAUUGACGCCGCGGUCGCUCACGUGAAGAAGACUGCGGAAUACGACGUGGAGACGAUACGUCGUGAGUCAGCCGGGGAACAUGUUCGCAAGCCCAUCAAAGAGUUCAUUGCGGGAGAAGGUGACGAUCGGGCGAAAGCGUAUUCCUGGCCAUUCAUUCAAAAGUUUCAGCUACAAGACCGGCGGAACAAGCGAGCGAGGGAGGUACUUGGACUGGUGACCGCUAUACUAUACGUUGAAGCCGGCAUGUCCUUGGAACCCCAAGACAGAACAGGGCGGGUCGAACCAGACAAACUCAUUGACACUGAAGACAGGAUUGAGUUCGUCAGCAGGAUUUUCGUCCCGUUAAAUGAUGGACAGCUCAUGCGCAGCUUUCCAAAGCUCAGGAAGACGUUCGCCGUCUCAAGUAUCACAUUCAACAUGCGAGACCAGCUACACACGGCUGCAGCCACCAAGAUGAUCAGCAUAAUGAUGGUGUGCGAUCAAUGUCCUCUUCAGUUUGCCUAUUACUCUAUGAUUGCCAGGAUCCACCUGGAACGAGUCGAGGCAGAUACCAUGGACCUGAAGAGGCGCAAAUACGAAUGGUGGGAACAGAAGCUCGUUCAUCUCAUUGAAGACAACGGGCUUUCGGGCAACCUCCGCAAAGUUUACGACUUCCUUCGGGAUCGUUACGAAAAGGAGGAGGAGCCAGGGCUAACCGCCCAAAUGCUCAAGGCCCUUAGCCGUGAGACAAAAAGGACAACGAAGGAAUUGAGCGCCAUGAUCGAUUGCUUCAAUGAGGUAAGUGGGGCCGAUCUGUCAUUGGCAGAGGAGCUCACGCAGAGCUAUGCUACCAUUCUUCCCCCCGUCUGA